CAAUGGAAUGCAGGGACUCAGCAUCACCUGACAGGAAGAGAAGUGAAGAUUUGUCUUUAAACGCCGAACUCCUCACAGACUGUGGACCUGAUGCUGACGAAAGUGAAGAUGCAUAUUUGAAGAUGCCAGAAUCCAGUUCUGUGGAUGAACAAACCAUAACAACAUUCACAACAGACUCCAGCUAUGUUGUCACCUGUACAGUCAGCAUUGCAUUAGCAGUCUUUAAAGAACAUGAGGAGUAUUUUACAAAUUCUGAGAAAAGAAAAAAAGCGCCAAAGGAAGAGCCAUCCAGUGAGGUAGUGGAGGCCCCCAGAGCUGAGGGCUAUUACUGCAUUGAGUACAACAUGCUGCCUGAUAAACCUGAACCAAUCAGAGCGGAUCUAGUGAUGUUUGGUACAGCGGCUAAACUCUACAUGGCCAAUGAGACUAAGGUGCUGAAGCCUUGGCGAGAAGGAAACCAGGUGUGGGUGAGUUGGUCUCAGAAUCUGAAAGUCAAUGUGACCAGAGAGCUCCUAAUUAAAAUGGCCUCCCAUAAGGUCACAGUUAGAGUAUGGGACAGCAAAGACAAGAUAUCCUUCAAAGCCAGGAAUGACAGACCCAAAGCCUUCAGACUUCCACAGGAGAGGUCUGGAGAGGAUUCAGAUCAAAUGGGUGGCAUCAGGAAGAUGGUUUUUAAGAUGAGAGCUAUCUAUGAGAAGGAAAACCGGAGAACAAGGACAUCUAUGAAAAACAGCAAAGCUCCAGUAUCAGCUGACUAUAGAAAGCGUUUGGAGCUUCGCUCUGCCACAGUUCCUAUUAAAAGUGGCUUAACAAAAGAAAAGUGCCAAAUAGCACCCACUAAGACGACACUCUUCCAGAAACCCACCCAGGACACUGCAGAAAUCAUGGAGGCGAACCAGGAAAAGGCAGCCGCCUCUCUGGAACUCAGUAUCGCCCCUCUUCUUGCAGGGAGUAUGAUGCUCAUUGACUGCCUGGAAUUCUGUUCCGGAGAGGUGAAAGAGGGAUUCUGGAAUAUCACUCUUGAUCAGCCACUUAUAUCAGAGCAGCUAAAGGCUGAACUCAAUCCACUAGUCAUCACGGUUUUAUCUGCUUCUCUGCCAUCAUCUCCCGUUCCUUUCCAUGUACUGAAGGAAAAAUGCCUUCCUGUCUACUGCCAGUACAAGUUCCACAACAAGCCUAUUUACAGAACCAAAGGCCAUGAUCCCAACGCUGAGAUCUACUUUAAGGAUGUGAAUGUGAUUUUUACCGGUGGGAGCCCUGGAAAGCUGUUUGAGUUUCUUAGAGGUCCACCAAUGGAGAUCGAAGUCCAUGAUCGGGAUAGAAAAAAUGAAAAACCGUCCAGCACACCCGCUGUAUUUGGGACUGACCCCAAUGAUGCCAAACUAGCAAGUGUAGAUCUAUGGACUAUUCAUAAUGCCUUAAAGGCAGAUACUGAACACCAUGAUCCAUAUGGAAUAGCAAAACUAGAUCUUUCAGAUCUUCUCAGAGGAUGCAGAUAUUUGAAGCUGACAUUGCCCAUUCGUUGUUCUGCUUCUGAGAAAAAUGAACAGAGAAGUUCUUUUGAGAUUUCCUCAGAUAUCGCAAUGCCAGUGGGUCAUUAUCUCGAAGCUGACGCCCAACUAAAAGUCCAGGUGCAGAUAGCUUACCCCCUCCAUCCUAAAGAUGGCAAUGAAGGAGAUUGUCCUUUUGGUCGCAUCAUUUAUGUCUUUAAGUAUAAUAAUACUCGCAUCUUAGCCAAACUGACAUCCGAAAUUCUACAAAUUAAUGCAGAUGCCUUCCAACUAAAUCAUUAUCCAGAGGAAACUAUUCAAAGGGUCCUAUCUGGUCAUAAGAUAAGUGCCAAAGAAAAAAAGAACAAAAGGCUAAAUGUUCUCACUGGAUUUCAUUUGAUGGAUACGGCUCUACACCUUCUUGUUCUGGAAGGAUUGAAGGAUCAAGCAGUCAAAAGACUGUGGACUACAGUGCCUAUAAAGUUGGAUGGAGAUGAGGAGGAACAGGUGACUGUGCUGUAUAACUCAGGAUUGAGUUUCUCAAACCGACUGUAUGACAUGCUUGACGUGGGUCUGAGUCCGAUUUGCCUUCUGAGGCCACUUGAGACCAUUAUGAUGGAGCCUCUGGUGUUUAUCAGGAAUACGGUUCCUCGUGCCUGUCUUGAAGCCAUGAAACGUAUAAGCCACAUCAGCCAAGCAAAGAAACUUCAAGAAGCAGUGCACCUCAACCUGUUCCCAUCAACCAACAUGGUUCUCAGUUUAAGCAAGGAGUUUGGAUCGGAUCUCAGGAGAAAAGAGCUAUGGAUGGCGACAGAGUCCCAGGAAUCUCAGGAUACACCUGAUCAUCUUAACAUUAGAAUGAGAACUCAAAUACCUCUAGACAACUUCAACACAGAAUAUUUACAAUGGAAACAGAAUGAGGGCAAUAAUGUGAGAGACUUCCUUCAGGCAAAUAUCGAAGAGGUCCAUAGGGCGAGUAGCAACUUGCAAAAGUCAAAGCCUAAUGUUCUUUUGCAUAAUGUAACUGAUGAUCAGAUCAUCCAUCACCACAAUGUUCAAACAAUGAACUCUCCAACUCAGAGUGGAGAACUACUCUACAGAAAACUUUCAAAGGACUCCACUUGCAUUCGCUUCUCUUACCCAGGUUUUAGAAGCAGUUUUGAAUCUAACCAGCACCCAAAGCAUCCAGACGAUGCUCGGAUAGAGGAGCUGAGAAUGUCUUGGAGAGAAAACAUUCUCCAUGGGAAUAAACUGAAACCAACGCUUUCCAGAUCCAGGCUGCCAUGGAUAAAGAGAUAUCAGGAUUUUGAACUUUACUCCAAGCCCCCGUUACAGUUUGGACCAGAGCUCCCCUUGAGCAUCCAUUUGACUGGAGAGGCUCUCCAUGAGGACCAGCUCCAGGCUGCAUAUGCUCAGUACAACAGGUGCCAGAGGAAGAUGUUGCUUGGCGAGAGCUUAACAGGAAGCGGAAGACUUCCCGAGUUCAAAUGUCACAUGAAGAGAGCAGGCCUGGAUAAGCUACAAGACAUACUGAGGGACAAGCCCAUGAAAUAUUCUCUGAAAAGGCCAGGAAUGGCUUUAAAACCCAUUCCCGUUAUUUCUGUGGUCCAGCCUUCUGAAACGACCGGCUCAGCAGAGAAGGAGGCCAAUGUUCCAUUUGCUCCAGGACCCUUUCAGAACCACAGCCUGAGCUGGGACAAAAACGCAAUUCCAAGAUACUCAUCCCAGUACAGCAAAUUCCAUUUCCGAGAUUACUGGAGGCCACAUUCAAUCCUGCACAAGCGAAUUGCUUUACCGUUUAUGGAUGAAGAGCCAAGCAUACACUCCUCCCAGAAACCUGCUGAAGGCCCACAGACGCCAAUGAAAAGUGCCCACUUCAAACACAGCAGAAACAUUAUAGAGAUGAGAACCAACAAAGACAUCACCUUACAUGUGCAUUAA